GCACGUGCCCGCCUCGAUCCUCCCGACUUGUGCAGCCCAUGGCGGCGGGGAGAGUGGCACGCCCCGCGGUGCGCGGCGGCCGCCGCGGUGGGGCCCGCGCCGGCGCCCUGGUGCUCGCGUGGCUGGUUGGCUCGGCGCCGCGCCUCGCGGGGGCGCGGGAGGAGCCGGUGGACGGCCAGACCCCGGCUCGGGAGGCUCGCGGGAGAAGAAGUUACAUACAUCCAGCCACGACGCUAAGCUUAAGUCGGGCAUGCCCCUCCACAGGAGGAAUGCUCACGGGUAGUAACGAACUAGACUGGUGCCGACGUUGCGUGCUCCUUUGACUGUGCUUGAACAUGGUUUGGCGUUCUUUUUGCUGCUACAAAUGAUACAACAUCCGCCUGCAGAAGGACAUGCCCGAGCGAAUGCUAAAACAAGGAGCCGGCCGAUGGCCAGCUCCCGGCCUGGGAGCUCGUGGAGACGCCCUACGGGUCCAUGCGCCUGCGCGAGUUCGGGUCGCCCAGCGACCCACUGGUCAUCCUGGUGCAUGGCAAGAGGAGCGCGACCCCGUGGACCCCCGGGGGGGAGUGGAAGGACUGGAACCCCGCCGCCCUGCAGAUGGCCGCUGCGGGCUUCCACGUACUGCUCCCGGACUUCCACUCUGGCCCGGUGGAGCUGCGGCCAGGCAGGCUGACGGUGGACGCCUUCCGUGAGCUCAUGCGGAGCACGCUGCUUCCGCAGAACGAGCAGUUGCCUUCCCGUUAUAGGUCGGCGGUGAAGGCGAAGGCAGUGGUGGUGGGGAAGGCUUGGGGCGCCCACGUAGCAGCUGAGGCUGCGGCCGAGAUGGAGGAGGUGGUGGCCACGGCCCUGGUAGUGCCGACCUUUCACGCCGCCGCUGCCAAGGAGCUGUUCCCCCAGAUCCAGGGUAGACUCGGUGUCUUCCUUGUCAAGGACGACAGCGUCGUCGACUUCGAGCACACUUCCGAUGCCCUCAGGAGCGCUUUAGGCGAUCGCAUGGUCACCUGGGUCGUUGCCGAGUCUGGAGGCCACCAGCUGGUCCCGGAGUUCGUUGCCCCCCUGGUCAAGUUCGUCGAGGAGUCGUGGGAGUCUUCAGAGCGCGAGGAAGACACACAGAGACAGAGAUUCCAGUUCCUUUGAAUAAACAUGGGUGCACCACAUGAUGUUUGUUUGAAUGCAUGUUGAAACCCCCUCCUGCUCCCGUCUCAUUCCUGUGCGUCCCGUACCCUGAAUUUGUGACUGCGCAGCAGCGAAGACUCUUCGUUAUGCCUUUCGCGCCCAUGCGUGCUGUGCUGUCGGCUCCAACCGGCGCUGCCAGUUGAUCUUUACAGAUGUUGUUUGUGGAUGGAUUUAUUUGGAGAGGAUUUCUCGAUCCAAGAUUGGAGUUCACCUCCACUGUACAGUAGUGGUUGAGACAUUGUAGCAUGGCGGAGCCUCCUUCCUAUCAGCUGGGCAGCCAGCUCUUCGACAGCGGGCUGGAAUGGCAAUGCCGUGCAUAGACGGCGCAUCGGCAAGCAUGUUGUAUAAUAGAAGGCCACGGACAAAAAAAGAGAGCCGGGCCCGUCAACAGGCGGGGUUUGAAGAGGUAGGUCUGCGCACGUAUCGAAGACGGCUACGGCGGAGCACAGCCGCCCACUGCCAUCUGGGAGCGCCCGCGCGGCACAAAAACGUUGGGCCGAGGCCCUGCCAAGCUGCUCGGCCGUGUGCCUAUCCCCCCUCGGCCGCUGCAGAGCGGACCCUUUGGGGAGCACUUG